UCCGUGCCUUGCCCUGCGUGCGUGCUUCAUCACGCUCGAGCAACGACAUCCAGCAAGCAAGCAGCUCUUCGCCUCUGCAAUGAGCUAACUAGCUGCCCCUCAUCGCUCAAGGGGGCCAACCGUUCGACGACACCACAAUAACACCAACAAUCUAGCCAGCAGUCGCGCUUGCUGAGAUCGCCAUUGAAGCUGUGUGCUCGUCCAUUUCUUCGCCGCACUUGAGUCGCGUGCCGCUGCUUUUGUCGCUGUGAUUUAGGGGUUGGGCCGCAGCCAUGGCGUUGCUGGGUUCACGCUGCCGGCUCUCGGGCCUGUCCCGUCGGCUCUUGUCGACCCGCGCAGCAUCGUCGGUAGGGAGUAAUAGCUAUGGCGCGUCGCGCCGAUCGUUCUCUAGCGACAGCGAGGAGGAGAAGAUCAUCACGGCUACCUUGUUUCCGGGUGAUGGCAUUGGGCCCGAGAUCGCUGUUUCCGUGAAGGAGAUUUUCGCUGCCGCGAAAGCCCCAAUUGAAUGGGAUGAGCAUUGGGUGGGUACUAAAGUUGACCCGCGAACUGGCAGCUUUCUCACUUGGGAAAGCAUGGAAUCUGUGCGGAGGAACGGAGUAGGUCUGAAGGGCCCCAUGACCACUCCCAUCGGCAAGGGUUUCAAGUCCCUCAACUUGACCCUAAGGAAGGAGCUUGGUUUGUAUUCGAAUGUCAGACCAUGUCUGAGCAUCCCAGGGUACAGGACACGCUAUGACAAUGUUGACCUAGUUACCAUCCGAGAAAAUACUGAAGGCGAGUACAGUGGUUUGGAGCAUCAGGUGGUGAGGGGAGUGGUGGAGAGCAUAAAAAUUAUCACCAGGAAUGCCAGUUUGCGUGUGGCUAAAUACGCAUUCCAUUAUGCUCGGCUACAUGGCAGGAAGCGAGUCUCUGCCAUUCAUAAAGCAAAUAUCAUGAAGAAGACUGAUGGACUGUUUUUGGAGUGUUGUAGGGAAGUAGCUGCGGAGUAUCCUGACAUUGUGUAUGAAGAAGUUAUCAUCGACAAUUGCUGCAUGAUGUUGGUGAAGAACCCAUCAUUGUUUGAUGUGUUGGUGAUGCCUAAUCUUUAUGGUGAUAUCAUCAGCGAUUUAUGUGCUGGACUUAUUGGCGGUUUAGGAUUGACCCCUAGUGGAAAUAUUGGAGACAAUGGAUUGGCCUUGAUGGAAGCCGUUCACGGAACAGCUCCUGAUAUCGCUGGCAAGAAUAUGGCCAAUCCGACGGCCCUGUUGUUGAGCUCUGUGAUGAUGCUGCAUCAUCUGAAGUUGCACAACCACGCAGAUCAAAUUCACAACGCUGUACUCAAAACGAUUUCAGAGGGGAAGUAUCUUACGUCUGAUCUUGGUGGCAAGUCUACCACCACUGACUACACCAAGGCACUCAUUGACAACCUUUGAGCUAUUUAUGACAUUCUCUACCAGGAAUGGCUCGUGUGCUUUGAUCAGCAUUGUAUUGGGGGUGCUUCUACGACGAUAUUAAUUCCAGGAGUUCCCAAAAUCUUACGAAGAUAAAUUAGGAGUAUGAAUACAAAGCAAGUGGCAACUUGUGAAUAAAUACUCCCUUGGCUGAUAUUGUUAGCAAGGAUGAAGGUUCAUCUAGCACCGGGUGGUUCACAUUAUCAUGAAUGGGGGCUCUUGCACUUUCCUUCUGUGCGCCAAUGGGCACAUUUGGGGGCAUUGUAAUUUUGUACUGUGUUCUCUGAUCAGUAAAUCAUUAUUUCUCUGCA